GUCUGCACUGUGCUAAGCCUAAAAUGCUAUCACACCUCUGUGUUGGCUUAUCUUUUGCACCCAGUAUUCCACCCUUAUGCAUUGAAUGAACUUUUGAGACGCGCUACUGCUUUCCGCAGUUGACCCAAAAUGGCCGCCGAAUCUGGAGGCACGGGAAGUUGCGGUUGGAGCCAGAGCCGUCAGAUCCAGAGUGCUUUCACGAGCGACAACUUUGCGGAGGACGAACGCUCGUCCGUGACGUCGUGUGGCGACGUCAGCACGGAAUGCUCGUCGGAGUUCCCCUGCCCUCCAUUCCUGGAGGUGGACUUCAGCGACCUGAGUUUCCACGAACGGUGCGGCGGUGGGGCGUUUGGAAGUGUCUACAGGGCCGAGUGGAAGUCGCAGAACAUGGUGGUCGCUGUGAAGAAGCUGCUGGUCCUUGAGAAGGAAGCCCAAGUCCUCAGCGUGCUGAGUCACCGGAACAUCAUCAAGUUCUUCGGCGCCACGACAAAGGCACCAAACUUCUGCAUCGUAACCGAGUAUGCAGAGCUGGGGUCCCUGUAUGCAUUCCUGGCCAGGCAGGAGAACGACUCCAUGCUCAGCUUCGCCCAGAUCCUCCAGUGGAGCAUCCAGAUUGCCUCCGGGAUGCACUACUUGCACGAGGAGGCUCCAAUCAAGGUGAUACAUCGAGACUUGAAGUCUAACAACGUUGUCAUUUGUUCUGACUUCACGUGUAAGAUCUGCGACUUCGGAGCAUCCCGCUUCGCCGGCGGAACCACCCGCAUGUCUCUGGCGGGCACGCUUCCCUGGAUGGCACCCGAGGUGAUCCAGUGCCUGCCGUCUUCGGAGACCUGCGACGUCUGGUCCUUCGGGGUGGUGCUCUGGGAACUGCUCACACACGAGGUUCCCUUCAAAGGCAUCGAGGGAUUCCAGGUGGCCUGGGCUGUGGUGGAGAAGGAGGAGAGACUGACCAUUCCGAGCACAUGCCCGUCUGCAUUUGGAACUCUCAUGGGGGCAUGCUGGAAGACCGACCCCAAGGAGCGGCCUCCUUUUUCGGCUAUUCUGCAACGUCUCACUACAAUGAGCGAAGACGACUUGCUGUGCAACCUUGCCUCGGCGUACCUCAGCCAGCGGAGUGUCUGGAAGCAGGAGAUUGAGUCCACCCUGGAGCUGAUGAAGCGUGCCGAGCGAGACCUGAGCCAGAAGCAGAAGCAGCUGGAGGAGUGGGAGAGCCGGCUGCAGCACAAGGAGCAGCUGCUUGAGAGGCGCAAGGGAUGCAUGGAACUGUAUGCCCAUGAUGUCAACACGUGGAGUGAAGAACAUGUGUUUCUAUGGAUACAGCAACUGGCGUGCGAUGAAGCCCUGAAGGAUCUGGAGCAGUAUGCGGAGCUCUUUCGGGGGGAGCGCAUCACGGGAAAGCAGCUGCUCCUGCUGACUGCAGAGCAUCUUAAGGACAUGGGCAUCGGUCCCUUGGGACACCGCUUGGCUUUGCUGGAUGAAAUAGAGAAGCUUGGGCUACGAAAUCGGCGUUUAUCUGAUAUGUCUUCUCAACGUGAGUCGCCGGGAGGGCAGAGCUCCGCCGGCCCAUCGUCGCGUCCCAGCUCGCGCCUGUCGACCCAGUCCGGCCGGAGCGGGGCCGUGCCGCGGCAGGUGACCCUGCGCCUGACGCUGCUCUUCGGGAGCCAUGUGCGGCUGGGAACGGGACCCCGGGAGCACAAGUGGAAGGCCUUCGUGGAGUUGGACGCGGGUGACGCUCCCUGGGCACACAACCUGGCUGCCGUGUGCAUCCGGGACGUCUCCUUCGAGUGCAGCCAGGCGGGCCUCUUCCUCACCCGCAUUGCGCAGCCGCCGUACGUCAUGGACAGAUGGUGCAUUGGCAUUACACCAGAGACGGUCGUCACAUGCGUCGUCAAUUACGAGCCCAGCGUGGCGCAGCCCCGCUUCACCCUGCUGAGUCAUCGCGUGACCCCGGAGGGAGGGGCCCCCCAGCAGACAGAGGUGGUGCUCGUGCUCUCGGAACCAGGGGUUCCCUCGUGGCCCGACGGGUUCGAGGGGGCGGGGGAGCCUUCCCAGCCACGGGGCAGGCAGGCGCGUUCCGCCCCCGCCCGCCGCCUCUCCCAGGAGUUUCUGCCAGAGAGCUGGCGCCGCCAGAGCCUCUUCUCCGGCCUGUCGCCGACGAGGCAUCCGCACCAUCGUCGAUCACACUCUGGAGGUGGCGGCAGCGGCUCCUGGUCGUCGGUGCUGUCCUCGAGCAAGGGCCUGUCGCUGCGCCCUUUCCGGGAGGGCUUCACCUCGACGAGGGCGACUGGCCCCCUCUCGAGCGACGAGGAAGAAGGGGUCGACCGGCUGGCUUCUGAACUGUCUUCUUCCGGGCGGCUCGGCUCUGGCCGGCGGCAUCGGCUGGCCUUCUCGCUCCGCUCCAGCUCUUCGGACUCGCUCAGCGACCAAGGCACUGCCAACGACGAUCCGUCCACCUCCCUGGGUUCCACUGGGGAACAUCGCCACCGCCGCAACAGCACUCCGACCCGACGCCGCGACCCCCGCAAGUACCGCCACUCCAUCAGCGACAGCGGCUUCGCUUCGGACACCGCAAGGCGGGUGCUGCACGUCGAGAAGUGCCACUUCAAGCUCAAGAGCAGCACGGGCGGCGAAGGCAGUGCCACGACGUCCCGCGUGGAGAACGUCGGCGCCAUGCCAGCUGCGGGCCUGGAGUUCGGCCUCGGGUCGGGCCUGAAUCGGCUCAGCCUCAGCCUGGAGACGGACGGACUGAGACUAGGACGUCGGAGACGUAGGCUGGGCUCUUUGUUGGACCGGGUUACAGGAGACCUACACUGGCAGCGCAUCGGCUAUGAUGGCACCAUGUGAGACCUUAGGUCGGCUGCAGGUGUAGAGUUUGGUGUUGGGUUGAGUCUGAAUCAACUCGUCCCGAGCCUGUACACCGAAGAUGUUGGUUCCAUGCCAGCUAUGGGCCUGCUGUUGGUCUCGGGUUGGCCCUGAUUCAACACAUCCUGAGCCUAUGGACUAAGAAUGUGGGCACCAUGCCGGCUAGGGAUGGCACCACACCGGCUGUGGGCCUGGAGUUCAGCUUUGGUUCGGACCUCAAUUGGCUCUUUGAGCCUAUAGAAACGGGUGGACUUAGACUUGGACCGGGUCAAAGGAGACCUACACUGGCAAUGCGGUGGUUAUAUCAGCACCGUGUGAGACGAGACUGGCUGCCCUGUGGCAAUGGCUCUAUCUGUAAUCAAGUGCUGGCUUUUUGAUUGGCAAGUGAGGCGCUGUUGUUCUGAUAUGAUGUUUCGGUGAGGCGAGUGUAAAGAUGUGUGAAAGGUGUGUUUCCUAAAAUGAUUCCUGACUUUGAUUGGUCGUGUGCUGAAUGAAGUUUGGCUGUUGCUCAGCCCUAUGAGAGCAAGGUAUGCAGAUCGGAAUAUAGCCUGCUCGAUGCCAAUUCGAAUGACGAGAAUAAUUUGCCCCUCCAGGCACACUGGAAAGGCUACUUUGCAGCUUAUCAAAGAUUUCCUCUCCUACAGUCUGUUGAUGCUGAGGGCAGGAGAAAAGUCUUCACUUCCGUAGAUGCUUUUACACUUCAACACGCGAUUGAAUGGGCAAAUCCAAACCCCCUGUGAUUCUUAAAUGCCUACAACGUCUCUAUCAAGAAUGAUGUUGCUUUUGAAAGAUCUAAUCACUUCCGAUCUCGUGUCAAGCGAGCCUGACCACUAAGUAAACGCAAAUGCUGCACUGCAUGUGUUGUACCACACAUGGAAUGGGGAAGGGGAAUGCUUGGAACUACCUUUAGCUGCUCUUUUAAUGCCUCAGCUCUCGUCCUAAGCUUGACUCCUCGGCGGAACUUGUGCAAAUGCAUUGAAACAAGUUUGUAUUGAACAUAAAGAAAAACUUAUAAUUUCCACUUACUACAUCGUGGCAUAUGUGGAACUUGGUAUAGAAGGCUACCAAAAUUUGAUCAAUAACUUUUAUUUUCUGCUUCAAACCACUUGUUUAGCUUGGCCACCGCACUUAUUUGAGCCAUGCAUUAAUUUGGUCCAAACAAUCUUGUCGUUCUGUCUAAUGUUUAUGGGGGCUGUAUAUUGAAUUGGUGCAAUCAACAGAGCUUGCAAUCUUGGUAAACUGUUUCAUUGCAAGAAUGCAGGGAGGGAGAAGGGGUAGGGGGAAGAAUGCCUUGAGGCUAAGGAACAUUGUUGAUGUAAGUACACGAUAACUAUAAAGGAAAACACCCAUGUCUUUCAUCUAUUGCCCUUCUGUCAGUAGACUUUAGGAGUGCACUUUGAGGCCACGUUUUCAAGUGUGUCGAGGGAACAAACGUGGAAGCCUUUCAUUAAAAUGAAGUGUCAAUGGGACGUCGCAGUGCCGACAAAGCAAUCUGUUGAUAAAGUGACGUUCAACAAACUGA